UGCUGAUACACUCCACAAGUCCAUCGUAGCAUUCACCAAAUCAACCCAUGACAACGUUCAACCAGCACACUUGGAAGAACUCUUAAAUUCUCUCCAUUCAAACUUGGUUCAAUUGACCAAUUCUGAAGGAAUGACAAGUUUGAUCAUUAGAGAAUUUGCUCUACAUGUCAUUCUUCAAUGGUUUUCAAAAGGAGAAGAUUUGGAAAAUUUGCUCUCUGGAAAUUGUAAAUUUCAAGUUCUUUACAUUUUGAAAAGCUUUUUGAAAGUCUCAGAUCCAAAUAAUGUUGUUUGUAGCAGUGUUAUUGUCUUGUUGCAUUUGAAAAGAAGUUUUAUGGAAAGAUCUAAAUUUAAAUCGAUUUUGGAAGAACCAGAGAGUUUGUCUAAACUUUUAGACUUGAAGAAACAAUUCGAAUCAAUGAUUGAAGAGCCGCUUCAGGGAAGUGGAAACUUUGAUUUAUUGAUCAACAUGUUGAAAAAAUCCAAAGAUUCAACAGAGAGAGAAUUAAUUAUUGAUAUAAUUACAUCUCUUCCAUCAAAAGUUCUUAAAAUGAUUUCGAAUAGAAGCAUGUCAUAUAUUAUUGAAUUGGCCAAAUCAAUGGAAAUUGAAAAGUCAGACGAAAAUGAUAUUCAUUGGGCUGAUAAGAUUACAACUCCAAUUUCUGUGAAUCGAGCAGGGACAGAGCAAAAGAAGUGUAUUCAAUGUCUAUGUGAAAAAUUAGACGAAAAAGUUAGUCAAUUACUUGCUGAUUUCUCAUAUUGGGUUAUUGAAACUAAAGGUGUAUUUAGAGAUUCCAUUAGUGUUUUCAUUGAAUGCUUCGAAAGAUAUGGAAUUGACAAUGACAAGUUGUCACAAGAACAGCAAGCAACAAAUUUAGUAAGAUUACUCUCCCGUAUGAAAUUCUUAUCAGAAUCAGGGUUCACAUUGCCCAAAUCGUUAGGUGAAUUCAUCAAUAGAAGAAAAAAUAUAGUCAUGUUUAUUAAGAGCAACGAUGAAAUGAGAGUUUAUUUUAUUGAACAUUUUGGUGAAAAGUAUUUGACAAUAGGUCAAGAAAAUCAAAUCAAUACUCCUAAAACAGAUCAAGAGCUUUUCAAAUAUGUUAAACCAACAAUCAAUUCAUCCUCUAUAUCAAUGCUCAUCUCCCAGAAUUUGGAUUUUGAAACUCAACAAAAAGCUCAGCAAUUCGAAACAACCCUGCAAGACAUUAGACAAGAUUCAGAUAGUGAUGUAAUCAUGCACGAUGAAUUCAAUCUUCCAAUUGUUUGUAGCUCUUCAGACAUAAUGCCAAGUAGUAAUACUCACCCACCUGCUACACACCAAACAGUCAACUUGUUAACAAAUGGUUUAUUGAAUGAAAAUGGUUACAAUACAAGAUUAGAAAAACAGGAACCUCAAGUAAUUCAACCUUUGAAAGUUCAAUCAUUCAGAAAAUCUUGUGAAAUUGAAUCUUUUCCUUUUCAGGGUGACUUUACAUUUGUUCAAGAAAUUACCAGUUCCUUAUUUAGUAACGUUUCAGAUGUUAAGAUUUCAUACAAGAACAAAUACAUUAUUGUUAGCAAUAGUAAUAAUGGCAAAAAUCAAUUGCUUUUCUUUGAUUUAAAUACCAAAGAGUUAAAGAAGAACAUUUCCUUUUUCGACAACAUUAAUGGAAUAGCUAUUGAGAGAAAUUUUGAUGGACGAAACGAUGCCAUCAUCUUGUCCACUGAAGAAAAGGUCCUCAAGUUCGAUAUUUCCAAACUAGUUCUCAAUGGCACCGACAAGAACUAUCUAUGGAGCAAAAAGUUGGAAAUCACCUCUCGUUUUGCAGUCAAGAACGCUAAACUAGCAGCACUAACAAUUCUCCACUCACCACACACAGAGAAAAAAGUAGAAAAUGUUGUUUUCGUUUGUGAUACCUCUUUCAAUUGUAUUCAUAUUUUGAGAAGCUCUGAUGGAAAGAUUUUAAAGAGAAUUGGUGGAAUUAACUCUACUGAUAAGAUGUCAAUGUUUCAUCCUAAUUGGAUUGACAUUGAUAGAGAGAGCUCUGAAUUGGUAAUAUCAGAAACUAUGUCGAAUAAUGUUAGAGUGUUAUUGGAAAGUUCUGAAACUAAAACUAUUGAGACAAGAUGUUUGCCAACCAAAUUUAAACAAGUUGGAGGUAUUGUAUAUGACAAUUAUACAAAAAACAUUAUAGUUUCAGAUGUGAUUGAGAAUAGUAUUCAAAUAUUCAAUGCUAUUGGAAACAGGGUGAAUAUAUUGGCAGGGCAGGUCCAUCAUCCAAAGAGUUUAUGUAUCAAUGAAGAAACAGGUGAAUUGUAUGUAAACGAUUCAGGAAACAAGAGAAUUGUAAUUUACAAAUAAUUUGUUUCUAAUAAAACUUAGUGUAAAUACUUUACUUCU